CGACGCGUAGCCCGCCAACAGCUCAGUUAAAAGGCUGCCCACCCGCUCGCUCCACGUCUUUCCCCUAUCCAAAAUGACCGCCACUACCAGCUACAAGGACAAGGCGUACAUCAACGGCAAGUGGGUCGCGGCGGCGAGCGGCAAGACGUUCGCUGUGACGAACCCGGCGACCGGCGAGGUCAUCGGCAACGUCCCGGACUUGUCCAAGGAGGAGGUUCUUGAGGCCGUUAAGGCCGCCGAGGGGGCAUUCCCGUCAUGGAGCAACACCCCGCCCAAGACCCGCCAGGACAUCCUCGUCAAGUUCUUCAACAUCAUGAUGGAGCGCACUGAGGAGCUCUCCAAGCUCAUCACCCUUGAGAACGGCAAGCCCCUCGCCGACGCCACGACCGAGCACAAGUACUCGGCGUCGUUUAUGGAGUGGUUUGGCGCCGAGGCGCUCCGCAUGGACGGCGACGUGAUCGCCUCGACCAUCCCUGGCCUCCGCAACAUUGUUAUCAAGCAGCCCAUCGGCGUCGUUGGCAUCAUUACCCCCUGGAACUUCCCCAGCGCCAUGAUCACGCGCAAGGUCGGCCCGGCGCUCGCCGCCGGCUGCACCUGUGUCAUCAAGGCGCCCUCGGACACGCCGCUGUCGGCGCUCGAGCUCAUGCAGAUUGCUGAAGAGGCGGGCGUGCCCGCCGGCGUGCUCAACCUCAUCACGUCCAAGAACUCGCGCAUGGUCGCCGAGAUCCUUUGCACGCACCCCGUGAUCAAGAAGAUCUCGUUCACCGGCUCGACGGGUGUCGGCAAGCAGCUCAUGCAGCAGAGCAGCAGCACGCUCAAGAAGCUGUCAAUGGAGCUGGGUGGCAACGCGCCGUUCAUCGUGUUUGACGACGCCGACAUUGACGACGCCGUCAAGGGCUGUGUGAUCGCCAAGUUCCGCAGCUCGGGCCAGACCUGUGUCUGCGCUAAUCGCAUCUUCGUCCACUCCAAGGUGUACGAUGAGUUCACCUCCAAGCUCGCCGACGCCGUCCGCGGCUUCAAGGUCGGCAACGGCCUCGACAAGGGCGUGACUCACGGACCCCUCAUCCACGGCCGCGCCGUCGCGAAGGUCAAGGAGCACGUUGACGACGCCGUGGCCAAGGGCGCCAAGGUGCUCGUUGGCGGCAAGGCUGGCGAGGGCAACUUCUUCGAGCCUACUGUUCUUGUCGACGUGCCCAUUUCGGCCGUCGUGUCUAAGGACGAGACUUUUGGCCCCCUCGCGCCCUGCUUCAAGUUCGAGACCGAGGACGAGGUCAUCAAGCUCGCUAACGACACCGAGUUCGGCCUCGCCGGGUACUUCUACUCGCGCGACAUCGGGCGUAUCUGGCGCGUAUCCGAGGCCUUGGAGGUCGGCAUGGUGUGCGCCAACUCGGGCAUCCUCUCGCAGGCCACCAUUCCCUUUGGCGGCGUCAAGGAGUCGGGCUUUGGCAAGGAGGGCUCGAAGUCUCGGCACCAAGUACUAGGUGCGCCCUGCAGAGUGUCUCGUAGUCGGAGUAGUUGCGCCGCGGCGCGUGUGUAUCAUCAGCGAUAGCCAAUGCAUGGGGUGAAGCUUUA